CCUCAGUGAUUACGUACAGAGCGAGUCCCUGCGGGUUAGGGGCCCCCUCUGGAGCCAUCCUGAUGGCUUUGGGGGCCUUGCUUCCAUUUUCCAUUAUUAUGUGGACUACCGGAGCGACAGCGCAGUCCAAGACCUUGCAGGAUGUCUCGCCGCAAGCAAGCGAAACCGAGAUCCCUCAAAGACCCCAACUGUAAACUUGAAGACAAGACUGAAGAUGGAGAGGCAGUAGACUGUAAGAAGAGGCCGGAAGAUGGAGAGGAGCUGGAAGACGAAGCUGUGCACAGCUGUGACAGCUGCCUCCAGGUGUUUGAGUCACUGAGCGAUAUCACAGAACACAAGAUUAAUCAAUGUCAGUUGACAGAUGGAGUGGAUGUUGAAGAUGAUCCCACGUGCUCUUGGCCAGCUUCCUCGCCUUCCAGCAAGGACCAGACUUCCCCCAGCCAUGGAGAAGGUUGCGACUUUGGAGAGGAAGAAGGCGGCCCCGGACUCCCGUACCCAUGCCAAUUCUGUGACAAGUCCUUUAGCCGCCUCAGCUACCUAAAGCACCAUGAGCAGAGCCACAGUGACAAGCUGCCUUUCAAAUGUACCUAUUGCAGUAGGCUGUUCAAACACAAGCGGAGCCGAGACCGCCAUAUCAAACUCCACACGGGGGACAAGAAGUACCACUGCAGCGAGUGUGAUGCUGCGUUCUCCCGAAGUGAUCACUUGAAGAUCCACUUAAAGACUCACACGUCCAACAAGCCAUAUAAAUGUGCCAUUUGUCGCCGCGGGUUCCUGUCCUCUAGCUCCUUACACGGACACAUGCAGGUACACGAGAGAAACAAGGACGGGUCCCAGUCUGGCUCCAGGAUGGAGGACUGGAAGAUGAAGGACACUCAGAAGUGCAGUCAGUGCGAGGAAGGCUUUGACUUCCCAGAAGACCUGCAGAAGCACAUCGCGGAGUGCCACCCCGAGUGCUCCCCAAACGAGGACCGAGCGGCCCUCCAGUGCAUCUACUGCCACGAGCUGUUUGUGGAGGAGACGUCCCUCAUGAACCACAUGGAGCAGGUGCAUGGCGGGGAGAAGAAGAACUCUUGCAGCAUCUGCUCUGAGAGUUUCCACACGGUUGAGGAACUGUACAGCCACAUGGACAGUCACCAGCAACCCGAGUCGUGCAACCACAGCAACAGCCCUUCCCUGGUCACCGUGGGCUACACUUCGGUGUCCAGCACGACUCCAGAUUCCAACCUCUCCGUGGACAGCUCAACCAUGGUGGAAGCCGCCCCGCCGAUCCCAAAGAGUCGAGGGAGGAAGCGGGCUGCCCAGCAAACCCCUGACAUGACCGUUCCCUCGAGUAAACAAGCGAAAGUUACCUACAGCUGUAUUUACUGCAACAAGCAGCUAUUUUCGAGCCUGGCAGUCCUGCAGAUUCACCUGAAAACUAUGCAUUUAGACAAGCCAGAACAGGCCCAUAUUUGUCAGUAUUGCUUGGAGGUGUUGCCCUCACUCUAUAACCUAAAUGAACAUCUUAAGCAAGUGCAUGAAGCUCAGGACCCAGGUCUGAUCGUCUCUGCCAUGCCUGCCAUAGUCUACCAGUGCAACUUCUGCUCCGAAGUUGUCAACGACCUCAACACUCUUCAGGAACACAUCCGAUGUUCUCACGGAUUUGCAAACCCUGCAGCUAAGGAUAGCAAUGCAUUCUUUUGUCCCCACUGCUACAUGGGGUUUCUCACUGACUCUUCCCUUGAAGAGCAUAUAAGGCAGGUCCAUUGCGACCUCAGCGGCUCCCGAUUCGGGUCGCCGGUGCUUGGGACUCCGAAAGAACCAGUAGUCGAAGUCUAUUCUUGUUCCUAUUGUACGAAUUCGCCGAUAUUCAACAGCGUUCUUAAACUGAACAAGCAUAUCAAAGAGAAUCAUAAAAACAUUCCCUUGGCCCUGAAUUAUAUUCACAAUGGGAAGAAAUCCAGGGCCUUGAGCCCCUUAUCUCCCGUGGCCAUAGAGCAGACGUCUCUUAAGAUGAUGCAGGCAGUGGGAGGUGCGCCUGCACGUCCGGCUGGAGAAUAUAUCUGUAAUCAGUGUGGUGCUAAGUACACGUCCCUAGACAGCUUUCAGACUCACCUAAAAACUCAUCUCGACACUGUGCUUCCGAAAUUGACCUGCCCUCAGUGCAACAAGGAAUUCCCCAACCAAGAAUCCUUGCUGAAGCAUGUUACCAUCCAUUUUAUGAUCACCUCAACAUACUACAUCUGCGAGAGUUGCGAUAAGCAGUUCACAUCAGUGGACGACCUUCAGAAACACCUGCUGGACAUGCACACCUUUGUCUUCUUCCGGUGCACCCUCUGCCAGGAAGUGUUCGACUCAAAAGUCUCCAUUCAGCUCCACUUGGCCGUAAAGCACAGCAAUGAAAAGAAAGUCUACAGGUGCACAUCGUGCAACUGGGACUUCCGCAAUGAGACUGACCUACAACUCCACGUGAAACACAACCACCUGGAAAAUCAAGGGAAAGUGCACAAGUGCAUCUUCUGUGGUGAGUCUUUUGGCACCGAGGUGGAGCUGCAGUGUCAUAUCACCACUCACAGUAAGAAGUACAAUUGCAAAUUCUGCAGCAAAGCCUUCCACGCGAUCAUUUUGCUGGAGAAGCACUUGAGGGAGAAGCAUUGCGUGUUUGAAACCAAGACUCCCAACUGUGGAACGAACGGGGCUUCCGAGCAAGUGCAGAAGGAGGAGGUGGAGCUGCAGACCUUGCUGACCAACAGCCAGGAGUCCCAUAACAGUCACGAUGGGAGCGAAGAAGAUGUGGACACCUCGGAGCCCAUGUACGGGUGCGACAUCUGUGGGGCAGCCUACACCAUGGAGACCCUGCUGCAGAACCACCAGCUCCGAGACCACAACAUCAGACCCGGAGAGAGUGCCAUCGUGAAGAAGAAAGCCGAGCUCAUUAAAGGGAAUUACAAGUGUAACGUGUGCUCUCGAACCUUCUUCUCUGAGAACGGCCUCCGUGAACAUAUGCAGACCCACUUAGGCCCUGUGAAACACUACAUGUGCCCUAUUUGCGGGGAGCGGUUUCCCUCCCUUUUAACUCUUACCGAACACAAAGUCACGCACAGUAAGAGUCUUGAUACUGGAAACUGCCGGAUUUGCAAGAUGCCUCUCCAGAGCGAAGAGGAGUUUUUGGAGCAUUGCCAAAUGCACCCUGACUUGCGCAAUUCCCUGACGGGAUUUCGCUGCGUGGUCUGCAUGCAGACAGUGACGUCCACCUUAGAACUCAAAAUCCACGGGACAUUCCACAUGCAAAAGACAGGGAAUGGGUCUGCAGUCCAGACCACGGGGCGUGGCCAGCAUGUCCCCAAACUGUACAAGUGUGCGUCUUGCCUCAAAGAGUUCCGUUCCAAGCAAGAUCUGGUGAAGCUUGACAUCAAUGGCCUGCCAUAUGGUCUGUGCGCUGGCUGUGUCAGUCUCAGUAAGAGCGGCAGCCCAGGCAUCAACAUCCCUCCCGGCACGAGUAGACCGGGCUUGGGCCAGAAUGAGAAUCUGAGUGCCAUUGAGGGUAAAGGCAAGGCAGGGGGACUGAAGACGCGCUGCUCUAGCUGCAACGUUAAGUUUGAAUCUGAAAGUGAACUCCAGAACCACAUCCAAACGGUCCACCGAGAGCUUGUGCCAGAUAGCAACAGCACGCAGUUGAAAACUCCCCAAGUAUCGCCAAUGCCCAGAAUCAGUCCCUCCCAGUCGGAUGAGAAGAAGACCUAUCAGUGCAUCAAGUGUCAGAUGGUUUUCUACAAUGAAUGGGAUAUUCAGGUUCAUGUUGCAAAUCACAUGAUUGGAUUACUGUAUCUACAGUAACAGCAAGUUGCGUUGGGUGCGUCUGUGUGUCCGUGAAGGUGGAGAGAUGACCGUGGUUAGCCACCCUGUGCAGCUGCCUAGUGGCAGAGUGAGCAUGCUCUUCCGUGGCCUCCGAAGACUGCCUGAGCCAAUCCAAACACUGGCUCUCUCCCCCACCUGCCCUCUCAAAAUAAGCGGCAGUUCAUUAUUUAUACUAGCUUGAGUCCUGGGUCCCCUUAUGAGUAGCGACUAAUGUUCAUGUGGAAUGGAGUGAUAUAAUGUGUAAUGAUUUUUUGAUAUGAAUUUCCACUCCCUGGAGACAACAAACAGCUUCACCGUAGCCACCUGACCAGGGUGGAGAGAUAUAAAAAGCUAAUAUGUUAUCUCUGCAGUGAUUCCUGAGUCCCCCUCCUCACGGGGCGGGGGAGGGGGGGGAACUGUCGCAAAGAAGUGUUCAUCCCAAAAAUGUCCUCUGAUGUUGGCACAAAAAAUAAUUGGUAAUCUGAUUUUCUUGCUCUCGGAAAUUCUGAAGAGGUAGGCAUAUAGGUUGGCAUUUGUGUUUUAAAUUUAUUGGCGCAAUACUUGUGAUGUCGUUUCACAAAAAAAAAAAAAGCAGAAUCAAGUUGACAUGAUCGCUUCCAAAACAUAAAAAUGAAAUUCUUUUUUUUUAAAAAUGUUAACUCUAGAGUUAAUUAGUUCUCUGUAAUUUCACUGUUUCAGAAAACAUACCUUUUGCUCGGUAAAAUGAAAGCCAUGAAUCUUAGACUGUGAGAGUAAUGAUAUUAUACAGAGUAUUAUCACUGAAGUAGGGAGACAAAGAAGACAAGAAUUAUUGAAUUAGAUUUAAAAACUGGCUUAAUAGUAUGACAAAACAUUUCCAGUGUCUAAAGUGGAUGUCCUUAUGUUGAAGAACUAGGGCUGUAAAAUGACUGAUUUUUUUCCUUGAAAUUUCUUUCCUUUUUUUUCCUUAAUGCUAUUGCAUCAUUUCUUUUUAUAUUUUUUCCCCUCCAUUUUAUCUCUUGUUUCCACCUGCAGCCAAUUUUCAAUUAUCCCCACUCAUGCUAGUGAGCACGAAUAAUCUGAAGCACUUCAUACAGAUGAAAUUUAUAAAACACCCACAUGGCGUCAUCCAUCGAAGCUGCGUGUAGAGUUCUUCCAGCCCAAAGACAGAAGGGCACCAAGAAUGGUCGCGCUAAGAUGGUCAUGUAACAAGGAAACCUUGUCCCAGAGUUCAUUCCCUAAGAGAAGGAGGCCUUAAGGAAGGUUGGCUACAGAGGACUUCAGCAGGGAUUGGAGGGAGCCAGGCUUGGGGUGGAAUGUCUGAUGAGGAAAAGGUGUCCGGGUCGGGGGUAUUAUGCACAGUUCGAGUGACAUGUGAAGAUAACCAGGAGGUGACUGCCUACCAGCCCCCUUGGGGGCUCAUCAUACCAGCACCUAUCCCCCGAUUAACCUGAGAGUUCCAUCAGCCAUGGAAAUUAGCCCAGGCCCACUAGCCCUGGGCCUGGAAGAAAUCCAGCUGUGGGAAUGUACAUAUUUUAAUAAAAAUUGAAUAUAUGUCCCACAGUAUCACCCUAGGACUCAGGUUUAUCAUCCUUGCUGGCAUCUAAUGCAUUAUUGCUAAGGUAGUGAAUCCUGUAAAUUUGGGAAAGAGUACGGAAUAUUUUGAGGCAAGAUUUUUGUAAAAACCCGUUUGCGUACUUCAGCUACAUGGGUGGAAAAGAUGCAAGUAAAAAGCACCGUGUGGCUUCAGUUCCUUGGGAUUUUUAUUCACGCAACUUUAGCAGGCGAUCUGCUUAAUCGCGGUGGGUUUUCUAUGUAAGAGCGUAUACUGCAUGCUGCAUCCUAGAGUAAGCUUCAUAAUUCAUGGUGAAAACUCGGUUCCAAUGACUGCGUAACCCGGAAAAGAUAGCUGAGGCUUUAGGGAAGAUUUAGGGGUAGACGGGACAUGCUACUACGAAGAAUGGAAAUGGAAGUACAGGAACUCUCUUUCCAUUUAUAUUUGAAAUUUUUGUUUAGCAUGUCAGCUUCCUACACAUUCUCUUUCAUGUCUUAUCUGCUCUAAAACGCACUUAGUAAUGUCUAUCACCCCAGUACCUGGGUGCUUAGGUACUAAAAAGUGCUUUAAGAAUGCAAUUUGAAGACUGAUAAAUCAGGUCUGUUUAGCUCAGGGGAAAGAAAAGCUAAGUGGGGAUUUAGUAGAAGGGAAUAAUAUUCCUAAAAGGAAAUCAGUUUGAUGCCAGUAAGCUUUUUGAAGUAGAAACUAAUUUGAAAGCAUAGAGGUCAUGGCUGAAAUGGAGGACAGGACUGGACUGUCACAUUUGAGCAAUUUGAAGGGAAGGUUCUUCAAACACAGUGAAUGGAAUAUAGAAUAGCUUGCCAAAGUCAGCAGUGGAAAUAGGCUCAGGGCGCUAGAUGAAUUUUUGGAGAGUAGGGACCACUGCGGUGGAGCCACAGGCAACAAUUUAGAGCGAUCCUAGGAGGUAUGGCAAAUGCGUCUGUUGGGUGUCUGUUAUAAUUUCAGGCCGUAAUGGGUGUGUGGUUUUCUCCUUAUACUUUACAGGUUCCGGUGUACCUACAUUAUCACUCUCUAAGUUUGAGUUUUAAUACCAUGAAGCAAUGAAUAAUCUUUCCUAUUAAAACGAAUAAUGCAUGCACACUUCACCUUGUCGCACCCCCACUCCCACUAAAAAAAAAAAAAAAAGGAAAUGGCAGGAACCAUACGAUAUGGUGUAUGUCAACUUCUAUGCUGCAAUACUUGAGGGAAAAUAAAGAAUGUAAUACUAUUUAUUACAGGGAGACAAAUUAUAGUUUUUGUUCCAUGUGAAAAGUUUAGGGGUGGCAGAUUGACAGUAAAUUCCAUCAAAUUCUGCCCUGCCAGAAUGCCAACAUUGUUCUUCAUUCGUUUUAGCGUGAGGUUUAAUUAUUUGCUGAUUUUUAAUACCAGUCAGUCAUUCUUAGCAUCAUUGAAUUAACUCUGAACCCUAUAUCAGUAAAGAGCCUUAUGUUGCCCCGUUUUUAUUGUAACAGUGCAAUACAGAUUAAAAUUGCAUCUGUUAAGAUUAUAUUGUGUAUUUAGAUUUCAGGAGACAGAAACACAAUAUUCUCAUGAAUAGAAUGGUUGGAACCAAUAACCUGUAACCAAUUGCAUACUUCUUCUAUUGCAAAAUCUGAGCUAUAAGGAUUACAUUUUGGAAAAAGAUUAUAAAUCUGUCACUACUGAUCUAAUCUUUACAGUGGCUUUGUAACCAGUUAGAGACUAAAGAUCAUUACUCUUCUUGCUCUGAUUUUAAUCACAACACAUAUUUGAUAUUUCAUAAUUUUCUUUUGUUCCAUCAGCACGUGCAUUAUAAAGUGUACAACAUUAAUAAAUAGAGGCAUAAUGAAUGUGACUAAUUGAUUUUGGCAGUCAAAGACUGGCACACUUUUUAUACAAUAGGGAAUCCAUUCAAAGAAGCUUAACUGCUAUUGAGAGCAAGUCUUCGAUGCAGUAAUGGUUUCUAAUUUGGAUUCUGCAUGAGGUGAGCAGAAUGAAGUUAUUCAAAGUAGCUCACCACUUAUUAGUUAUUAUUAUUUGGUGCCUUGUUUUGUUUGCAACAUUCAUUUAUCAGAUUGUCAUUCCCCUAAAUAAAAUGUUUAUGUUUAGUACUGGAUUCAGAUGCCCCUCCCCCCAGCCCCCCAAAUAGCCACUGAAAGCAACUGACU